GAAAUUUUCACUGUAAAUACGUCAAUCAAUCAAAUGGUCUAAUCGUAUUUUUAUUUUUCUAUCUUCUUCUUUACAUAUAAUAUUUACAUAUUUUCUUUUCAAAUAACAAACAAUGAGUUGGUUAUAUAUUAUUAAUUUUGUUCUAAACAGUGAAGUGUAAAACUGUAAAAUGUCGCGUAAUAUUUAUUAAUUGCCUGUAAAAGGCACAUCGUAGUAGAAUUGUAUUAAAAUAUUAAGGAAAUUUCAUCUUCAACUAUGAAUUUCGACGAGUCAGCGAACAGCGACUAUGUCACGUCUGAAACAAUAUAUGGCACUCAUGAAGACUCUCACGUAGUGAUGUCAGAGAAGGUGCAGACGUUAGCUGGUAGUAUUUACCAAGAAUUUGAACGUAUGAUAGCUCGAUAUGAUGAAGACGUCGUGAAGACAUUGAUGCCCUUGGUGGUCAACGUACUAGAAUGUUUAGACUCCGCUUAUCAAACCAAUCAAGAGCAUGAAGUGGAGUUAGAGCUUCUGCGGGAAGAUAAUGAGCAACUGGUCACGCAGUAUGAACGCGAGAAGGCGGCGAGGAAGCAUGCGGAACAGAAGUUGUUGGAGGCUGAAGACCAUUAUGAAGGAGAGAGAAAAGACCUUACAAGCAGACUGGAGGCAUUGGAUAGUAUUGUCCGAAUGCUUGAGUUGAAGCAUAAGAACUCACUUGAUCAUGCAAGCCGUUUAGAAGAGCGUGAAAAUGAGCUAAAGAAGGAAUAUGCAAAACUUCAUGAACGUUACACAGAGUUAUUUAAGACACAUAUGGAUUACAUGGAACGCACUAAAUUAUUGUUAAGCUCCGCCAGUGACAGAAGUGAAGUCCGGGGUAGGCUUGGCCUAAAUCCAGUUGGAAGAUCUAGUGGUCCUAUAUCAUUUGGUUUUGCUUCACUUGAGGGCUCUGUAAAUGUUGUGGAACAGACGGAAAGUAUACCUGGAAGCCCUGUAAGCCUUUCAUCAUCUCCAUCUUCACCACCAAUUGGGUCUGAGUUAGCAGCUGUAAGAACAGUAGAAAGAGCUCAUCAGACUGAUCCUAUUACUCAACAAAGUCAGGCUACAUCACCAGUUGCACCGCUGCCUAGUACAGGAAAAUCGCAAACUAAGAGCGAAAAGCGAAGCGCCAAUACUCUGUAUCAAGAACUAGCCUUCCAUGAUACAGAUACUAGUAUUGUGGAGGGAGAUGACGGUGACAUAACAGGAAGCUGGGUGCAUCCUGGUGAAUAUGCUUCCUCAGUUAAUGAUAAUUACUUUGGUAUGGGGAAGGAGGUCGAAAAUCUUAUCUUGGAGAACAACGAACUUCUAGCUACCAAGAACGCUUUGAAUGUCGUGAAAGAUGAUUUAAUCGUAAAGGUUGACGAACUAACCGGUGAGCAAGAAAUACUAAGGGAGGAAGUAGCGAAUCUUAGUGCCGCUAGAGAAAAGCUUAGAGAACGCGUCACCCAGCUUGAAGAUGAAUUGAGACAUUUGAAAGAAGCAAUGACCUCAAAUGCUGGUGGUGCGGAGAAUGAGGAUGAAGCUGAUGUUCCAAUGGCCCAAAGAAAGAAAUUCACUCGCGUGGAAAUGGCUAGAGUUCUAAUGGAACGCAAUCAAUAUAAGGAACGCUAUAUGGAGUUGCAAGAUGCCGUACGAUGGACAGAAAUUGUUAGGGCAAGUCGUGUCGAAUCUACCAUGGAUAAGAAGAGCAAGCAAAGCAUUUGGACAUUUUUCAGCAAACUAUUUAGUACAUCUGAGCGUCCACAGCGCCCUUUAUCGACGCCGCAUUUAAAAGCGGUGGCAGCUCCUCAGCCAGCGAUAAGACAUUCGAGAACUCAAGCGGAUUUUCUUGAAACCCAGCUGUCUGAUCAUCAUCACAGGCGGCAAGAGAGAACUGAACAAUUUCGCCAGGUAAGAGCUCACGUUCGAAAAGAAGAUGGUAGAACCCAGGCAUAUGGUUGGAGCUUGCCCGGGAAAACUGAUCAAGGGCAGAAGGGGCCUAAUGUAUCACUCUCGUCAGGAGGAGUUCCAGUACCUGUGCCUGUAUUUUGCAGACCCCUAGCGGAAACAGAGCCUCGUAUGUCACUGUUAUGCGCUGCGGCUGUUAAUUUGACUGGUGGAAAACGCUUCAAUCCAGGAAACAUCGACAACACUGCAAUGUGUUUAGCAUACGAAAUAAGCAAGGCGCAAUCCGCGGGCUCACCAGAAGUGGAGCAAGUUCCUGCUGAUCCAUCAACUCACAUUCCCAAUAACCCCGAGAAUAACUUGUCAUCCCUCGUCUGGAUAUGUUCUAGUACACAGAAUAAGGGUGUUGUUAUGAUUAUUGACGCGAAUAAGCCAGCUGAGGUGAUAGAAUCGUUCCCUGUGAGUGACAAACAUGUUUUGUGUAUCGCGUCUGUGCCUGGCGCUGUUGAAGAAGAUUUCCUGGAGUAUAAAGAAAGGAUGAAUAAGAAUGAAACCAAACGAUAUUCCGGAUCUUUGUUCUGUGGUGUUAGUAAGAGUGAUUCGACAGAGAGUCAAAUCAAUGGAAUUGCCAUAUUUGGCAAUGUGAAUGGGCCCAGCGAUGGUGAUGGAAAGGAAAUAAUAGUGGGAAGCACUCGAAUGGUACAAGCAAACAUCCUCACACCUCCCAGUACUCCAAUCAAAGAGACUGGUCCUAUUAAUACUCCGAAAGAAUCAGCAAUAGACAACGUUGAAGAAGACCUCGACAAAGUCCUGUCAGAAAGUCCGCCAUUAAGCUCUACGCCAAUUAAUAGUAAAGAUACUGAGAGACGCACAUCACCAGAACGCGGUGUAGAUGCGUUCGCUGAACAGUCGAAUGCUGGAAGAGUUAUAGACGACCGUGUAACGACAGCCUUACCUACUAUGUGGUUGGGUACUAAGAGUGGCAAUUUGUAUGUGCAUUCCGCAGUGUCUGAGUAUGGAAAGUGUCUCGCGAGAGUGAAAUUGAACGAUGCAAUCCUAGCAAUCGUAGCGUGUUGGUCGAGAUGUAUUGUAGCGUUGGCUGAUGGUACAGUCGCUAUUUUCUCACGCCUUGCAGAUGGACAAUGGGACUUCUCACAAUAUUGUCUCAUGACGCUAGGCGAUCCCAAGUGUUCAGUUCGUUGUCUAAGUGCCGUGGGAAGUGGGACUGUAUGGUGUGGUUAUCGUAACAAGGUGCUCGUUAUCGACCCGCGUGCGUGUACGUUGCUACAUACGCUCGAAGCACACCCGCGACAAGAGAGUCAGCUACGACAGAUGUGCGCUGAUGGAGAUGGAGUAUGGGUCACCAUCAAGAUGGAUUCAACUUUGCGCUUAUACCACGCUCAUACAUACCAACAUCUCAUUGACGUCGAUAUCGAGCCCUACGUCAGCAAAAUGCUCGGUACUGGCAAGUUGGGUUUCUCCCUCGUGAGAAUAACCGCCCUACUUAUCAGUUCCGGUCGCCUGUGGAUCGGCACAAGUAACGGCGUGGUGAUAUCUGUUCCCCUAUCCGAUACCGGGCACCACUCUAGUCCCGGGGGGGUUAUUCCGCUGUGUUCGAUGAAGCACGCCCAGCUCAGCUUUCACGGGCAUAGAGAUGCUGUGACAUUCUUCGUGGCUGUUCCCAAGGCUGGAUCGCCGAUAAGCCCGGACUCCCCUGAAAAUUGUCCUACGACCCCACCGAUACUUGUCAUUUCGGGUGGGGAAGGAUAUAUUGAUUUUAGAAUAGCUGAUUCAGAAAUGGAAGACAGCGUGGUAGUUGCUGAGGAUGGAGCUUCGGGUGGGCAUGGUUCGUUCGUCGAGCGAGCGACAAAAAGUCACCUUAUCGUAUGGCAAGUAGAGACCGCCUAACGUACGGCCAGCCGUGCACGCGUUGAUUCCGAGUCGGAUUACGUAUACGUUUGUACGUCCGAUAAACCGGCGAUUUCCUACAAUGCGUAAGCUGAUGGGUUUGUUCGGAGCGGAUUAAUUGGGGAGGGUGAUAGUUCUGAUGUACAACGUAAAAAUAUUUGUAAUCCGUGAAAGUUGUAAUAUACUUAUUAACUUUUUGCCAGCUCUAAGUCGACCUCGAAUCAUACGUUGAUUUUGUGUACAACAGAAUUAUCACUUCGGUACACUAAAAUAAGAUUUCGAUUCAUUAGAUAACAUUAAACUAAUAAGGAAUCCUUUUUUUUCUCUACUAACUUUUUAGGUUCCCCAAUAAUUUGACAUUUGACAUUUGAAUGGAUUUAAAGGUGUGCAAUAUUUGACAUGAAGGAAUUUUGUUAACGUAGUGAUGGUUUAUAAAUGCGUUUACUCACCACUCACGUGAUGAUGAUAGAAUAAGGUCAAAUUUGGAAGAUAUUAUAAUCAUUUUUGACAUGGAUCCAGGAUAAAGUUAAUACAUCUUUCGAGAAUCCUUUCGGCCCCUCAGCGCACGCACAUUUCUGACUCAUUAGUGCACGGCUCAUGGACACGGUUUUAUUAUAUAGUGUUAUAUAGUUAUCGUUUGUGCUUCAAUGCGUUGAAUUCGCUUUUAAGUUAGUGUAAGACUUAUAAAGGGGUACGUGUGUGGAUAAUAUGGAUUUAAUGUUUUUUGUUUAUGAAUUUAAGUGUAUCUGUUGGGAUGAAAAAUCUCAAUGAUAGUGCCAUCUUGAAAUAUUUCAAAAACGAAUAGUGGACUGCGUACACUAUGUACGCGGUCUUCUUUCUUGACUAUUGAAUUAUAUUAUACAAUUUCGUUUGUUUGACUAUAAUAUUUUCUGUUAUUGAGAUAUUUUUGCGCAUUGUGGUGCUGAGGUAUGGAAUGUUUUCGUAUACACAUACAUGUUGCCCCUAUUUAAAUUAUAAUAAGCCAGCUAAGGGCGUACUUAAUGUACGUUAGGUAUUGAAAAUUAGUACUUACUGCUACUGGUACAUCUGCUUUAUAGAUAAUACAAGAAAUGAGAUGCCAUAUUAUAGCGCGGUGCGCAACCUCGGCUGGCUAAGUUUUGUAUUAUAUCCCCAAAUUAUUUAAAUGUACACCAUGUACAAAGUGUUAUGAUUUAUAUUUCGUGAAACGUAUUGAAAUUAAUCUCAUUUAGAAAUAAUGUACAAGUAAUAACCACCAAAUAAAUCAUUAUAGUAGGUGUAGUAUAGGUAAGUUAAGAUUUAGGCACGACCCGAAUCAUAUUAGCAUACGAAUUUCUCAUGUUGAUAACGGGCUGUGGUCUCAUCUGCAUUACGAUAUUUAUUAUAUAAGUAAUACCGAGUGAUAUGUACCAAUGCUUCAUUAAUAGUGUGUGAUUUAGAAGUUUCGUUUUGUUAAACACUUGUAAGGCAUUGCAGUUAAAAGUAAAGUUUUGACGUCUCGUAGAGAGGUGCCCUGAUACUGGAGAUAAUAUAGAUAUAUAAAUAGAGAAGAAAAAAAAUCAUAUAGUUAGCUUUAUUUAACUAAACGUUUAUUGAGUAAUUUCUUUAUAUAUCAUGUCUUAAGAGUAUUUCCUCUAGUAUAUAGGGUACUUUCUCUCCAGGUAUAUAACAAAUAGCACAAAACCCUAAAGCUGAUUCCGUCUUAGUACUUUAAAUACAAGUUUGCUGAUGUGUCGAGUGUUUACUUAUCGGUUAUGUCCAAUGGUGCAAAAUUUAGUUAGGUGUAGUAUGAUUUUAGUAUAAUUUAAACAUUUAAGGCCGUUUUUCGGUGUUCUGUUACAAUAUACUUGUAGUUAAAUUUAGUUAUUUUAACGAUUUGUUUUCUUAUUAUAAGUAUAAUUCUGAUUGGACGAUCAAAUUUUGGUUGAUACUUACACUUAAAAAAAAAAGAAUUAUUUAUAUUGUCAUAUUUACACUUGAUUUUCUUUAUUCAAAUACAAUUUGUUAAUCAAAUAUUCUCCAGACAUCACUCUCUACAUUGUGUAGAAUAUAUUUAAAAAGUUUCUAUUUUAUUUUGAAUUUUUCUGUAUACACAUAGUUGUUAAAUUACGGUUUUUUGUAUUUAGUUAAUAGUUUACACUUAGAUUUAAAAAUGUCGACUUUCAUUACAUGGCAUAUUCUGCUAUCAAACCUAGUCACACGAAACGACUUAGGAUAAUUAAAUAAGCCUAUAUUGUUUGCGAAUUACGAGCUGAUGCCGUUUAUAUUAAUUAGCUUUCACAAUCAAUAAUUAGAUGGGUAUUAGUUAGAGAUAAGAUGUAAUUCGAAAUUGUCAAUGCGGCUCAUUGUAGCUGAUCAUUGGAUGAAAUUAAACAAUACAUUUGGUAAUAUAGAUCUUGAUUUAUUGCUAUAAAGUCGGUGAAUUAACGGGGAUUUGAUAUUUAAUAGUGUAUUAGUGGUCAUGCUAAGCCUCGAGUUUCUUUACCAAGAGUAUUGUGAAAACAAUUUUCUUAUAUUUUUUUGUAGAGUUUUAUUUAUGUAACCCCAAUGACAUAAUCUUACUUUAAAAUGUAACAAUCAUAAUCACGUUAUUUACUAUUUAUUUCGUACAAACUUAAUAAUAAACAUUAAAUCAUCCGCUAUACAAUAUAAUUAGUGAUUAAAGUUUAUCUUGUUUGUAAUACGCAAUCCAAUAAAGCGCUGCUAAUAAAA